AGCCAAUCAGGGCUUGCGGGGGCGGAGUCAGGCUGCAGCUAGGAAAGCGACCUGGACCGACCAGAUGCUUACUGGCGUGGGACCUGGAGCUGGCGGCUGCGCUUGUGGGGCAGGAGCAGGAUCGGAGCGUAGGUCUUGGCCUCUGCCCUGUGACAGCUCCCAGCUAGAGGGUCCCGGGGAGCUGCCCGGGCUAGGGGCCAUAGCAGAAGGGAAGAAGAACAGGAGCCCGAAUCCUCUCAGCCCCCAGACAGCAGGCAUGGGUUGCACCCGGACUCUUAACUUCAGCUGGCCCUGGUGGCCCACAUGGGCAUAAGGUCUAUUUUUAGCUCUGCCACAGAAAGCUAACCACCAAGCUACAGUGGCAGUCAGGAUUUCUCAAAGGCUGUUGGUGCAGAGGCAGGAGAGGGAGAGACCAGCCCUGCUUCCUUCCACAUCACCCUUGGCCACCCCCCAGCCACCCCAUCCCCAUGAGCCCAGACUAGUUCUCCAUGGUCUGGCAGACAGCCUGCCUCUGGGCCAAGGGCAAGGUCAGGGGGUGCAGCCACGAGGGCAGAUGGACACGGUCUUGUGGUCUGGGCAAGGGUUGCAUCAGCCCAAGCAGAGGCCCUGGGCAGAGGGCCCCGAUGAGAGGGCAAAGGCUGACCAGGUUGUGGGAAGGCAUGUUCAGAAAGUCAGGGCCUCCCCAAAGGGGUCAGUCCUACAGGUGGCCAAUAACGCUGUUUGAACAUAGGCAGGAAGCCUGCCUUCAAUGAGUCUCGGCCUCCCCUUCUGUGCAGUGAGCCCGGAUUCCCAGAUCCUCUCUCUUGCCCUGGGGUCCCCACCUUCCCCAUUUGCUACAGAAGUUCCUGACUUCCUUCUGGCCCUGGCUGCGGGUGGCCACAUGCCCCUGUGGAAAAGGAAGUCCUUCUGGCUGGUACUGUCAGUCUCCUGGCUCCUCCUCAUCCUCCUGGGAGUCUUCCCCUUUCACCUGGCAGUACCACCUGGACCUCUCCCGGGGAGCUCCCAAAGCUGGCCCCGCUGGUUGGAUGCUGCCUUCCUACAGAGUUUCUCCCAGUCUGAGACACUCCCAGAAGAUGCCCCACAGCUUCCUCAAGCCCCCCGGGGGAGCAGCUGCACCUGGGGAGCCUGCUUUGACACCUCCAAAUGUAAGGGAAAUGUCCUCAGCAUCUUUGUGCACCUCCCGGCUGGUCCAACCACUGAGGCUCAUCGCGGGAUCCUGGACUUCUUGGAAGGCUCCCGAUACUAUGCACUUAGCCCAGCAGAAGCUUGCCUCCACCUCUUUCUCCCCAGCCAGGACCACAGAGGAGCGUGCGGGCCCCUGCCUCCGUACUGGAAUGGGGGCCAGAACCACCUGGUUCUCAGUCUGUACCCAGCCCCCUGCACCAGGCUGGGACAGGCCAUGGUCGCUGAGGCCAGCCCCUCCUCGGACAUCUUCCGACCAGGCUUCGAUGUCGCGCUCCCAUAUCUUCCGGAAGCUCACCCAUUGCAAGGUGGGGCUCCCGGCCAGCUGCAGCAGCACAGUCCCCAGCCCGGAGCCACCUUACUGGCCGUCGCAGAGGAGAGGGGCAGGUGGCGCACCGUAAGCACCCAUGCCUCCGCCUGCCCUUGGGGCAGGCUCUGUGAGCAAGACCCCGGACCCCAUCAGACCCACCCAGGAGACACACUACCCAAAGCCACCUUCUGCCUCAUUCCUGGCCACCGAUCUGCCGCCUCCUGCUUCCUCCAAGCCCUUCAGGCCGGCUGCAUCCCUGUGCUCCUCAGCCCUCGCUGGGAGCUGCCUUUCUCUGAAGUCAUCGACUGGACCAAGGCAGCCAUCAUUGCCGAUGAGAGGCUCCCGUUGCAGGUCCUGGCUGCUCUCCGUGAAAUGCCGCCGUCGAGGAUUCUCUCCCUGCGGCAGCAGACCCAGUUUCUGUGGACCGCUUACUUCUCCUCGGUGGAAAAAGUCAUCCAUACCACACUGGAGAUCAUUCAGGACCGGGUCUGGGGGGCCUCAGCUCACCCCUCACUGAUGUGGAACAGCCCCCCAGGGGCACUCCUGGCUCUCCCCACUUUUUCCACGAGCCUGAAGGACUUCCCCUUUUAUCACCAGCAACAGGGCUCCAGCCCUGAGAGCCGUUUCAGCGCCCUGAUCUGGGUAGGGGUCUCUGGCGAGCCCCUGCUGAAGCUUAUCCAGGCGGUGGCAGGUUCCCGGCACUGUGCCCAGGUCUGCCCUCCCCCCAGCCCCCCCAGAAUGGAGCCCUGGGGUCCAGGGAGGACACAAGGAACAGAGCCAGGCCCUAGCUGAGCACACAUCUAUGGGAAAGGCACAGGGAGGAAGGAUUUCCAGAGUCUUGCUGACUCUAAGUCUCAAGCUUCCUGUUCUUUCCCUGAACUCCGUCAGAACUGGUGAAGUCCUAGAAGAGCAGGCGCUUCUUGGUGAGGCUGGAAGGAAGCAUGCAUUUGUUCAUUCAUUCAUUCACUCAUUCAUUCUCUCACCUUGAGAUCAGACCUGGGGCAUUAGUGCUAAGGACCAAAGAAGCAGGAGAGGACUCCUCCCUAUCAUUUGUAAUGUUAGCAGGUUCUUGGUGCCAAGACCGUCCAGUCUCACCGAGAACACAGGUGG